AUGAAGAAGGUCGAUUAUGAUCUUUUAGUGACUGACAAUGUCAAUGUCACUAAAUAUCGUAAAAUAAUCAGAUGUAAUGGCGAUGCAACUGUACAUAGUUUAAAAUAAAAACUAUCACAAUCCAUCAAAUGUAGCUUUGAAAUCAUACUUAAUGAUGAGAUCUUGAUCGAAGGAAUGCUCCUUAAAGACAUUUUAUCUAAACAUCUGUAGAAUUGCAUCAUUCUUAAUCCAAUCAAAGAGCCUAUACCUGAUUAAAUAAAGAAACACGAUUUUCAAGUCAAAUGCAUGGCCCAAUACAAGGAGCAAGAUUAAUAUACGGAAGAAGUAAUAGACCAAGCUUAAUUAAACAAAAUUCUAGAUAAUCCAAAUGAAUUUUAAACUAAAGAGGAUAGUAAGACACAGAAAUGUUGUCAAUAUUGUCAAGUAAAAAAAUAAAUUCUUUCUAAUUAUGAAGUUUCAAUGGAAAGUCUUUUAAGUGAAAAUGCUGAAUUAAAACAUUAGAUAUCAGAGUUAGAAAAAUAACAUAGAAUCAGUACUUAUAAGCAAAAACUAUAAUAAUUAUAAUAACAUAAAAAGUGA